UAUGGCGGAGGGUAAGGUGCAUACAUCGAAUACAUUUGAUUGAAAUUUUAAUUUUCUUGUAGAUAUUUACUAGCAGGAAAUUAGCACAAGCUUAAAACUAAAUUUGAAUACCUGCGGAUGUCAACUCUGUGCGGCUUUAACGACUUUGUUUUAUAUAGAAAUCUACCCCGAAUCGAAACUUGACCAAAAAAUGUAUAUAUGUUUCGGGUUGUUUUGUAGGAGCGUAAAGUUGUCUCUCUUUAAACAAAAGUGCUGGAAUAAACUGCUAAAUAUCUUUGUACUAGCUAGGUUAACGCGAAUCCCCGCAGUUGUCAAUUUUCAGAAAUUAUUUACAACGUUUAUUUUGGCAAAUUUUUAAUUAGAAUUAAGGACCGCUUUAUUUAUUUUGAUUUUAAAAUGACUGCCGCGAUGGCGUAGCUUCUAACGUGUUUUGCUUUCAGUUAAACCUUAUAAAACAGCAAGAAAAUAUACAGUGAAUGUUCAGAGAAAAAUCAGUCGAACAGUGUAUUAAAACUGACGGUUUUUUAAUUAACGUACGCAGAAACAUCUACCCUGUUUGGCGCCGGUGAAGCUUUCUGCAGCGCCGCAUUUAAUCAUUAAAGGAUUCCCAUUGCAUUCUUUAUUUUGCAAUUUGCCUCAUGCGGUUAAAUGCGGUGCCGUAAUUAUGGUGACUAAUUAAUUUAAGGCUUAGAAAGUGGGAAGAAAUCCUCUUAAGUGCUCUGUAUUUGGCCACUUUAUACGAUAAAUUACUUGUUACUUUGAGCGGAUAGAAAAUGAAAUUACUUUUAUCGAUAAUCGUUAAGAAUCAACUCUUGUAAAUUCCAAGUCGAACGUUAUCAGCGAGAGGCUUUGUUCUUUGUCAAAUUUCCAAGAACAUAAAUAAUGUUUGGUAUCCUUUCAUUUGCUUUUUGUUGGUGAGACCUUUAUUUACAGAAGAUUUGUUGCCGUUGCAGAACCUACUGACCGCCAAAUUGACAGCCUCGGGCGAUUCUUCGCUGUAGUCGGCCAUCGAAAAUAACAAAAAAAUGCCUUCUUCAACCCCGAAUGACAUGUUUUCGAAUAUUACAAGAACCACAGCUGGUAACCUCACUCAAGAAUCGACAGAAAGCAACAUUAAAGUCUACAUGAAGUCCUUCAAACUCGCUCUGUACGCCAUCAUCUUUCUCGUCAGCGCAAUCGGGAACAUCUUAGUUUGUGUUAUCAUUUUCAAGAAGAGGAGGAUGAAGACCGUCACAAAUUAUUUCAUCCUGAACCUGGCUUUCGCCGACCUAACGCUCACACUGAUUUGCAUCCCAUUUGACAUUCCCGUGCAAGAGAUGAAUUACAGGUGGCCUUACGGAUCUUUCAUGUGCAACAUCCUCUAUCCACUCCAGACCAUGUCGCUUUUCGCGUCGAUUUUCACACUAACCGCGGUCAGCUUGACGCGUUACUGGGCGAUAUUGCACCCACUCCGUCGACAGCUUAGCAUCACCAACGCCAAAUGGGUGAUUGUAAUCAUCUGGUUGCUCUCUAUAGUACCUGUGUCCCCUUACAUUAGUGUUUUGAGCCUUGACGAGCAAACGGGCUGGUGUGAUGAGCACUGGAGUAACAAACACAGCAGAAAGAUAUACACAGUAGCCCUCUUUGUUGCGGAGUAUGCCGUUCCUCUAAGCAUCAUCGGAGCUGCGUACAUAAGCAUUGGAAGAGAACUAGGAAAGAAAAAGUCAGCACAGGAAAACAAGUUUCUCCAAAACGCCCAAAAUGAGGAGGCGUCGAAAGUAAUUCGCAUGCUUGUUGCUGUGACAAUUUUGUUUGCUGUUUGUGUCCUACCGACCAACAUCAUGUGGAUAUGGUUGGACUUUGGCAAUGCUGAGCAGUUUACCCAUUUUUGGGAACUGGUUGCAUUUUGCAAUAUAUUAACUUUUGCCAAUAGUGCUGCUAACCCGGUGUGUUACACCAUAACCAAUGCGAAUUACCGCAAAGAGAUCAUCUUCCUUUUAAAAGGGUGCGUUAAGAGGCAACGCCAUCUACAAUCUGAUGAGAUGAAGAUGCUUGAAACGUCCAGAGAUCUGAGCGGUCGUCGAUCAACUGGAUACACUUCAGUCUAGGAAACGACAUUUUUUUGCCUGCAAAAAAUGGUCGUUCACAAAUGGCAUUUUAAAAAAAUGUGCAUUACUGUUUCAGCCUUAGGUGAAAUCACUCGUAGAAACCGGCCACCGUAGGUCCACAUAUUUACUGAUAAAGAACACAAUUAAUCUGACAACCGAUCUGACUACCUAGCUUACGCGUAGAAGUUCAUCAGAGGAACUUCUCUUUUACAAGUGAAAACAUGAAAGAUCAUAUGUGAUGACACUGUUGGUAGAGGACUGCAUCGGUAUUGCAGAGGUCAUGGCUUCCUGUUCAAGCCAGAAUGUCGUUUAAAGCUUUAAUUUGACAACCGCUUUUAAUUUUUUUGUAUAUAACUGUGAUGAUCAUUCAUGUCUUCAGAACGUUUUUGUGUUAUCCAUUAACAUUAUAGUCAGCUUGCUGUUGCCUAACUCUUAUUAAAUAGAUCGCAUCUUGGAAUUGGACUAGAAGAAAGAACUGAUAAUAAAUAAUAAAUCUGAUAAACAUAUUUUCUGUUCUACCCGGAUUGCCCUCUGGCAAUGACGGUUGCAAUUUCCUGAAACGUGGAAACUGACAAUAUAUUGUAUAUUAGAGAUAAAAUGCGUGAACGCAUGUGGAGACACAUGCUUUUUCAUCAUUACUUUUUUUUUCUUUUUUCUUUAAUAAAUUUUAAAAUUAUCUAAAGGGGGAAUUCUGUCACCUAUCCAGUGUCACUAUUACACGCUGGCUAUGUGUUACCGGAUCAGAAGAUUGUCUUUGAUUUCAUGGUCACUUGGUUUGAUCUUCUGCUUUGCCAUUUUUGGGUGAGUCUCGCGUCAAUUUUCGCGUCAAUUUGACAAUGUAAUUACAUAAGUGGAUAAAUAAAGUUCACUAAGGGAAGUUAUACCUGCCACUAUCGGUAAUAAAUAAAUAGCUGUAAUUGGCAAAUAGGCCAAUUUUCGGGCCUUCGUGCAAAACCUUUCUUAUGAAAAUGACCUUGAUUUGCAUGAAA